AUGCGGGUCCAUCAGAUGUGGACUAAAACCGCAUCUAUUUUUCUCAUUGCAUAUGGCAUUGUUGACACUGAGAGUACUCCUAACUGGACAUACUUCUUCGGGAACUUGAGGAUCUGCUUUGAGAAAGUAGGAUGCAACAGAGAUGAUUGGACAUUCAUCAGUGAUAGAAUGAGGGGUGUUGACAAUGCAGUCAAUGAUGUGUUCCCAAGAGCAACAAGGAGGGUUUUUUGUCAAAACUUGUACAUGAACUGCAAAAAUGUAGGGUACAGUAGGACAACAUUCCACAAGCUCUUCUGGACAGCUGUUGAUGCAUACAAUGAGUAUGUGUUCAAGAAUUCAAUGCAGAAGAUUCAUGCAUACAACCCUGAAGUUGUGACUUAUUUGGACUCAUGCAUAGAGCAGUGGUCCAAGCAUGUCUUUGAUCCACUAGUUUGUUGUGAUCCCAUAAGAAACUGGUCCAUGGGGAGAAUUAGACAAGGUUUGAUAAGGCAGUUGACAUGGAUGCAAACAUGCUCACUGAUUACGCAAAGUAGGUCCUACAAACUAGGAGUGAUGAAUCUAGGUUUUGCUAUGCUACAUCAUGUGGGGGGUGAAUUUGAGGUUAGAGAUGGGAAUGUGAAUUUUCCCAUUAGAUUAGUUGAUGGGAAGUGUGGAUGUGGAAAAUGGCAAGGUUAUGGUAUACCUUGCAAACCUGCACUGAGAGUAAUUUUUGAUGAGAGAUUGGAGGCUGCUAAUUUUGUAUCUCCUUAUUUUAAGGGGGCAGCUUACAAGGCAACCUAUGGGGAGCACAUUCACCCCAUGGAUGAUCCAUCUUACUGGACUGAACAUACCUUACUCCUCAUUUCUCCCCCUGAUGUUAAGAGAGGUGCUGGGAGAUCCCGAAAGUAG